GUGACAUUAUGGACAUUAUGGCUCUCAUCAACUCCAGCAUUAACUUCAUUCUCUACUGUUCGAUGAGCCGACAAUUUCGUACAACAUUUACCCUACUCUUUCGUCCGAAAUUUCUCGAUAGAUGGUUGCCAGUGGCUCAAGAUGAGGAGACAAUGGCUGGCACCAAUCGUCCAUGUCGUCAGAGUAAUCGUGGCGGUCAAGGACCUGCACCGAAUGGCAUUCGACGUGAUGAAGUUAGCAAAAGCUGUGUGAUAGAACAAAAUCAAAUGACUACAACACAGGUAACAAAUGUGUAGCAUAAAGCGAAAC